AUGAGCCAGCCAACAUCUCACCCGCGUUCUCUCAAUCAUAAUAACUUUGGAAACAAUGCCACCAUCAACCAGGGUGACAUCCAUUACAAUGUGACCCCUGGUCCUCCAUUACCCGGGGUCGAUAAGCCGACUUAUGUUAUUCCAUAUCCCCCCAACGAAGAUGUGAUCUGCCGCACAGACUUGGAAAAACGACUAAAUCAACUUCUUCCACGGGGAUCAAAGUUCCACAGUGCUGCGCUUUGGGGAUUAGGAGGAUCGGGAAAAACUCAGAUCGCUUUGGACUAUGCGUACCGACGAUGCGAAGACAAAACAUGCAGCGUAUUCUGGGUGCACGCAGAUAGCAAGGCGACUUUUAUACACGAUUAUAAGACAAUUGCAAACAAACUUUGCAUUGAACAAACCGCCGCUGCCGACGGGAAUGAUCUACUUAGAUCUGUACGUAACGGUAUCGAGGCAUGCCCUUCAUGGGUACUUAUCCUUGAUAAUGUGGAUAAUCUUGAAUUGUUUGGCGUUGGAUCAUCCACAGAUGAAGCUACGAACAGUCUAUACAAGUAUAUCCCAAACGGGACUACAGGGACAGUACUGUGGACAAGUCGCGACGCCCGUAUUGCGGGCACUCUGGUCGGCGCACAAAGAGGUGUUGAGGUUCCAUCUAUGGAACGUGACGAAGCCAUCGAGCUUCUUAACAAAAUGAGAAGUGAGGAAGCUCGCGUUGAAGAAUUUGAUGAUGAUAUCGAAACCCUUCUUGAAGAACUACAGAGGUUUCCGCUAGCUAUCUCUCAAGCUGGUGCAUAUAUGCGGCGAAUGCGGAUGACUGCCGCUGGGUACCUGUCUUUGCUUCGAGAGAGCAAACGCCGAUGGAAUACCCUUAAGACUACUGAAUUCGAUCGACAUCGAAGGCCCGAAAUGCCCAAUAGUGUACUUGACACGUGGACUGUCUCAAUGGAGCGAAUCCAAAACAACCAAAAUUUACCGCACGAGUUAAUUAUAAAGAUCAGCAAGUGUAGCAACGAGGACCCGACUAAGGAACUUGAAGAGCUGGAGGUGACGUCUGCAAUCAUGCGGUUGCAAGAAUUCUCGUUCCUCAGGACGCGCCAUAUUGAGGAUGGCGUACCAAGCUAUGUGAUGCAUAAGCUUGUGCAAGAAGCAGCAAGAUACAGGCUAGCUAUGCAAGGCCUUGAAGGUGUACCUGGACAAGGAAGUUUGGUGCAAACAGACGCAAGCGAUGAGCCAGAGUCUUGGGGGCAGUGCGAGAGGUAUUUGGCUCAUGCUGUAGGAAUGGGCGACUGGGCAGAAAUCAGUAAUAGGGAAGCUGAUACGUCUGAACUUUUAAGCAGAGCAUCUGGGUACUUAUAUGACCGAGGACGAUGGAGAGAGAAAGAGGCCGUGGACCAGAGAACGCUAGAGCUAAGACGAAAAGUCCUCGGGGAGCGACAUCCACAUACGCUUGAAAGUAUAGCUUCACUUGCGGCAGCAUACCAUUACCAGGGACAGCAUGAGAAAGCUAAAGCUCGGUACAAAGAAGCCAUGGACCUUCGGCAACAGACACUUGGAGAGAAGCAUCCAGAUACCCUUCGAGCUAUGACUUUACUUGGUCAAGUAUAUCAGAGCCAUGGUCAGUAUAAAGAAGCCGAAGCUCUUUAUAAAAAGGCUCUACCACUUCAGCGGGAAGUACUUGGAGAGAAACAUACGCACACGCUUGAGAGUUUGGCUUCAAUCUCAGCCGUCUAUCACUACCAGGGUGAUUAUGCCAAAGCCAAACCACUCAAGAUGGAAGCUUUAGCUAUCCAACGAGAGGUACUCGGUGAGAAGCAUCCAUCCGUUCUUUGGAAUAUAGGAUCACUUGCAGCAACAUGUCAAAGCUUGGGCCAGUAUAAAGAAGCCAAAGCUCUAUAUCAGGAAACUCUGGACCUCCGUCGGGAGACGCUUGGCGAGAACCACCCAGACACGCUUCGGAGCAUAACCCAACUCGGGGCAAUAUAUCACGAUCUGCGCAAAUACAAACUGGCCGAAGCUCUUGCAAAGGAAGCUUUAGAUCUUGAGCAGAAGAUGCUGGGAGAGGAACACCCCUAUACGCUUCAAUCUAAGCAUAACCUAGCCGUUGCGUUGCGCAGUCGCGGUAAUUCGGAUAAAGCUCUUUCUUUUAUGCAAGAGUGCGUGCAGGGGAGAUGUGCUGUCCUGGGCCCAGAUCAUCCAUUUACACAGGACUCUAGAAAAGUCUUGGAAAAGUGGGAAUCGCCCAGUGGAUGUUUACAGGGAAUUAGAAGGUUGUUGCGAAUAUUCAAGAAGAAGCUACUGAGGAAAUAA